GUCGAAGCUGGUCCUUCACUUAGUUCCACACUAGCUCUUUCUCUCUACUUUAGCAUCCUUCCCACCACGUAUACAUCCUCAUUGCCAUGUGAGACACCAGUUGACCAUUCCCCUUUCAAUCUAAGCCACCUCUGAAAAAAAUUCCCCCGACCAGUCCAUCAAUGCAUAUGUCCUCUCCCUCCCACCACCUAUGGUAGAAAAGCACCUUCAAAGGUUCUCCCAAACACUUCAAACCAACAAACCCAUGGCCACUCACGACCUCGAGGAAGCCGCAGGGCAGUCCCAUGGUCGCGACGGCGGCCAGAACUCAUCCCGGUGGGUGCUGGAGAGUCCAGCACCCCCGGGAAUCUGCAGGGCGGCUGUGGAUUCCCUGAGGGAGAGUUUCUCCCUCGGGAACUGCACCCGCCGCCCCGGUCUCGAGCUGCUCGAGUCGGUGUUUCCCGUGCUCUCCUGGGCCAGAGGAUACAGAGUCAGGAUGUUCAAGAAGGACCUCAUGGCCGGCCUCACCCUCGCCAGCCUCUGCAUUCCUCAGAGCAUUGGGUACGCGACGCUUGCCAAUCUGGAUCCACAGUACGGUCUCUACACGAGCGUGAUCCCGCCGCUGAUCUACGCGGCGAUGGGGACGUCGAGGGAGAUGGCGAUCGGGCCGGUCGCCGUGGUGUCGCUGCUGAUAUCGUCGAUGGUGCAGAAGCUGCAGGACCCGGCGGCGAACCCGGUGGCGUUCCGGAACCUCGUGCUGACGACGACUCUGUUCGCGGGGAUUUUCCAGGCAGGGUUUGGGAUGUUCAGGCUGGGCUUCCUCGUCGAUUUCUUGUCCCACGCCGCCAUCGUCGGGUUCAUGGCCGGAGCGGCGAUCGUCAUCGGGCUCCAGCAGUUGAAAGGGCUGCUGGGGAUCUCUCAUUUCACUAACAAGACCGAUGUCGUCUCUGUCGCCGGAGCUAUUUGGAAGGCCGUUCAUCAAUCUUGGAAUCCGUACAAUUUCAUCCUGGGAUCUGCCUUCUUGUGCUUCAUCCUCAUCACCAGAUUUGUGGGUAGGAGGUACAAGAAGCUCUUCUGGUUGGCUGCCGUUUCACCUCUAAUCUCUGUCGUCGCGUCGACUCUCAUAGUUUACCUGACAAAAGCUGACGAGCAUGGAGAAGCGAUAGCUGUGGGGCGAUCCUUCUCCACCAUGAAAGGUUACAACAUCGACGGGAACAAGGAAAUGGUCGCCAUUGGCUUCAUGAACAUUGUUGGUUCAUUCACCUCUUGCUACGUCGCCACAGGUAAAGGAAUCAUUUUCCCUUUUUUGCGACCAAUUACAUAUGUGUCACUACAACAAACACACUUCUUUUUUGCAACAGAGAAAUUCGUCGUUAAAAGGACAAAAGCUGGUCGCUAAAAGGUUUUUUGCGACGAGAAGCUAAUCCGUUUCAACGAUCCAUGUAUUUUCGCAGGUUCGUUCUCUCGCAGCGCGGUGAAUUUCAGCGCGGGCUGCGAGACCGCGGUGUCCAAUGUGGUGAUGGCGGUAACGGUGAUCCUGUGCCUGGAACUGUUCACCAAGCUGCUCUACUACACUCCCAUGGCGAUCCUGGCAUCGAUCAUCUUGUCGGCUCUGCCAGGGCUCAUCGACUUCCAGGAAGCGGUCAAGAUCUGGAGGAUCGACAAGCUGGAUUUCCUCGCCUGCCUCGGAGCCUUCCUCGGGGUCCUCUUUGCUUCUGUCGAGAUCGGUCUCCUAGUCGCGGUGGGGAUAUCGUUUGUGAAGAUAAUCCUAAUCUCGAUUCAGCCUGGGGCUGAGAUUCUAGGCAGGAUUCCUGGGACUGAGGUGUUUUGUGACGUUCACCAAUACCCUAUGGCAAUUGAGACUCCUCCGGCUCUCACAAUCCGCGUCAAGUCAGGAUUGCUUUGCUUUGCAAAUGCCAAUUUUGUCAAGGAAAAGAUCCUGAAAUUGGCGACUGAAGUGGAUGAGAAGAGUGACAAAGUGAAUGGGAGAAGGAACAUUCAGCUGGUUGUUCUUGACCUCUCUAAUCUGAUGAACAUCGACGUCUCGGGGAUCGCAUCGUUGGAAGAACUACACAAGAAUCUUAUCUCCAAGGGAGUGGAGUUGGCCAUCUGCAACCCAAGAUGGGAAGUUAUCCACAAGCUAAAGGUGGCUAACUUUGUGAGCAAGCUCGGUGGGAAGGUGUUUCUGACUGUUGGAGAAGCCAUUGAUGCAUGCCUUAGUGCUAAAGUUAUGGCUGUCAUUUGAGUGGAACAUCACCACCCCAUCUGAUUGGUCAAUUGUGGUGGCCCUCUCCAAGAAUGUAAUGCUCUAUUAUUAUGGGACUAUAUGUACCUUAGUUAUCACCUUGUGUAAAUUGUGUAAUAUGGUUACUAGGAAGAAGAAAAAAAGAACAUGAAUAAAGGGAAGAUGCUUUUUGGUGGUAUGGGGCUCUAGUUGAAGCUCCAUUAACAGGAAGCAAUAUAUCUCUUCUUUUAAGUUUUGUGUUUUGUUUUGUUUUGGUUUGGUUUGGUUUGGUUUGGUUUGGUGGGUGAUGGAUAUGAAUCUUGUAAGUCCUUUGUGAUAUGCUUGGUAAUUGGAGGGCUUGUUACAUGAUUAUCUUAAUUAAGCUAUAUGGAUGGAGAUGCUGAUAGACGGGUAGUCGAAAUAAGUCGAGUUGUUGAAAUACAUGCUUAUAUGUGUUUCUGAAUGAAAUUCACUGUUUAGAUUAUGCCCGAUGGUUUGAAUGUGUGUUAAGG